GGUUCAAUUAUGCGCGUCCGACAACCGGGAUCAUCAGUUCAGGUAGUGCCGCUCGCGAGGCAACACGUGAAUCCUGGAAACUGCUCUUGAUUGAUUGGAACAAGUUGCGUUUUGGAAAAGUGUUUACUAAAAAAAAUUGUUCUCUGAAAAGUUUGUGGUGAACUUUUGUUGAACAUGUGUGGACUUUAACAAUGGAAAACUGAGUAUUACUUUCUAGUGCUUUAGUGUAUAAGGACUAUCAUCCAAAGACCCCCAAAUCUAGUGUAAGCUUGUCACAAUGCCAAAAACCGUCCCAAAGAGUGCGAACGUAAAUCAUGAUCUCGCAGGUGGUCCGGGGCCACGUGGUGGAGACUCGGACCCAGUAGUCCCAUCACCAAAUAACAGAACCGGAACCGGAAGAUCCGGUCUCAAACGUAACCGCAGGGAGCUGGAACCAAAUGAGGAAACCACUGAUCGCAGACAGCCGGAAGGUGGAUCCUCCCCCAAAAGACGACCAAAUCAUUCCGAUGAACCAUAUCGCCAAAGAAGACCGGACCAAGGAAUAAUACCUCCAGCAGCAGUAGUACCCCCAUCCCAAAACAACUUCAGAAUCAACCUCGCAGUACCGAAUCACCAUCAGCAUCCUCCCUCGCCGCCGAUUUCGCCGCCUAGCGCCGAAGAUCCUCGAUCCAACUUCCUACUGCAAGCCCUUCGAAGAAUCCAGGAGCUGCAGGACGAAAUCGAGUUCCUGGAAAACGAUCCCUACGCCGAGGAUGCUGACGACAACUCCUCGGACGAUAGUGAUGAAUUUGUUGAACUGCAGCCGGAAAUGAUCGUAGGGCGCCAGGCUGAAGCUGUAGGGUUUGCCGUUUGCGCCCGAGAAACGAUGGCGUUCCUGGAAAGGGAAGGAGUUGCCGCCGAUUCACCGAUGAUGGCCACCCUUAGGAAUCGACUUAUCGGUCGAUGUGAGCGGAAUAUGACCCAAGUCUAAUAGAGUGAUUCGGAUAGUCACUUUUCCGAAGCAGAGUGUGGGUGAAUGUAUGUUGGGUGAAGCAAUUCUAGUCAGAAUUAUAGAGUGUAAGGUCAAGCUGUUUUCCAUCUCAGUUCGCAGAUGGAAGUUCAUUCUAGUCACCCCUUUCGUUGUGUCUCAUCAACGAACUACUUAGCUUUGUAAGAAAACCAAAGUGUAUUAAUU